AUGUCCGACCUCGACGACAUCGAGGAGGCCGUGCGGACGAGGACAAACGCGGGAUGCCUGGGUGACAAGGAUCUGAUGUCUCCGGAUGACGUCACUGUUGGCUUCCUGGUCUCGUCUGUCUCAUCUGACAGCUCUGCCAAGGCCAGAUCUCUAGAUCUUGACCACAGUCCUCCGCCGGAUGCUAAUGGAAACUGCUAUACUUACACCGUCCAGCCCUACGAUGGCUGCUAG